GCCCGAAAGAGCGGCGCCCGAGGCGGCUGCGGGGAGCGGGAAUGGCUCGGCCGGGCGCUGGCGGGGCGCUGCUGCGGAUUCUCCUCUCCCGGCUCCCGCCGGCCGCGCGGCAGGCGGCGCCGCUCGGGCUCCGGGGACCUGCUGCUGCCGCCACCGCCGCCUCCUACGGUACUUCAAUAACAUCUGCUAAAAUUAAAGUGAAUGGAGUACCCCUGCAUUAUCAACAGACAGGACAAGGGGAUCAUGCAGUUCUGCUGCUUCCUGGGAUGUUAGGGAGUAGUCAAACUGAUUUUGGACCACAGCUCAAAUCUAUGAACAAGCAGCUGUUCACAAUAGUUGCCUGGGAUCCUCGGGGCUAUGGACAUUCCAUCCCUCCACCUCGAGAUUUUCCUCCAGAUUUCUUUGAAAGGGAUGCAAGAGAUGCUGUUGAUCUGAUGCAGGCAUUGAAGUUUAAGAAGUUCUCUUUGCUGGGAUGGAGUGAUGGUGGGAUUACAGCUCUCAUAGCAGCUGCAAAAUAUCCAACCCUUAUCCAUAAAUUAGUUGUUUGGGGAGCAAACGCCAUUGUUACUCAGGAGGAUCUGAAGCUUUACAAUGCUAUCCGAGAUGUUUCAAAAUGGAGUGAAAAGAUCAGGAAACCAAUGGAAGAAGUGUAUGGACAUGAAUAUUUUGCAAAAACUUGUGAGGCCUGGGUGGAUGGAAUCUCUCAGUUUGCUGACAAGCCAGAUGGUAACAUUUGUCAACAUUUACUGCCUCACAUAAAGUGUCCAACAUUUAUAAUACAUGGUGGAAAAGACCCUUUGGUACCACAGUUUCACGCGGACUAUCUUCACAAGCACAUCAAAGGGUCACGGUUGUUUCUGAUGCCAGAAGGAAAGCACAAUCUACAUUUACGCUUUGCGGAAGAAUUCAACAGAUUAGUAGAAGAUUUCCUACAAUAGAGUU